UCCUCAUCACAGCUUCAAAUAUGAUCACCUCUUUCACCUUCCAAUCCUCAAGCCCCCUUCACUCACCACCAUGACCUCUAGUCGAUCGGAAGUCGACACCCGCCGACCCUUUCAAUCGGUGAAGGAGGCGGGCGCCGGCUUCGGCGAACGUAUUCUCUCCGGCGAAGCCUAUUCUCAGAGCAUCAGUUCAACAGCAAAGCUACAGCCACCUCCUCCAAAACCUCAGCACUCACCUCCCUCUCCAUCUUAUUCCACAUCCUCUUCCAGAUUCAACCAAGACGGAGAUGAAGAGCUGAGCAUAAUUCUAAGCUCAAUGAAGAAACUUGAGGCUGAGAUCAAGGCGACCAAGCGCGAGGUGACUCUGCUCAAGGAAAGAGAAUCAGAAACAGAGAUUGCUGUCGCCUCACUCAACGCAGAGCUCCAUAAGAACAAAGCGAAGCUAGCGGAGAUGGAGGCAGCUAGUGGCGUUUUCAUGGAAAAAGAGAGUAAUUUGAAAGUGGGAAGCGACCAUUGGGGCAUUGAGGACGAGGAGGAGGAAAUCAUGGAGGUGAAGCAUCAGUACAUUCCAUCUUUGGCCGCUGCAGUGAUACUUGGGGAGGCUGAUGAUGCUGGUGUUAAUGGGAAGAGAAAGGGGAAGCUCAUGAAGAAGAAGCCUAUCGUUCCUCUGAUUGGAGAUUUGUUCUCCAGAAAGAAGGAUUCUAUAUACAGCAGGUCUUAUUUCAGUGCAGUGUUCUGAAAUAUCUCUGAAGUGGAUGAAAUAAUUGUG